UUGGAUCCUGAUGGGUUGUCUCCGCUCUCUUUAUAUAUAUCUCCUCGUUUGCUUUCUUCUCCAAUCACACUUAACACUAGAGAAAGAGUUUGUUCAUCAAAAACAUUAGAGAAGAGAGAGAAAUGGAUAUGAGGUCAGAAAAAUGUGAUACAAUAAUGGAAAUAAGGUCUGGAGGAGAUGAUACAAUAGAACUCUACAACGCUUCAGCAAGAGGGUGUACGACCACAUUGAAUUUACUGAUCCACAAAGACUCGCAUAUCCUUAAUAAAGUUUCUUUGUCCUCUUUUAGUGAAACCCCAUUACACGUAUCAGCCUUGCUUGGCCACUUCGAUUUCACUAGAGCCCUUUUGGAUCUAAAACCUGAAUGGGCUGCUAAGUUAGACUCCCAAAAACGUUGCCCCCUUCACUUGGCUUCUGCCGAGGGCCACAUAAAGAUUAUUCAAUCAUUGUUAAAUGAAAACAAUGAUACUUGCAUGGUUCAAGAUCAAGACGGAAGAAUCCCUCUCCACUAUGCAGCCAUGAGAGGACAAAUUGAGGUCAUGAGGGAGUUGAUCUCAGCACGGCCUAAGUCAACUCAAGUUAUGGUCAACAAGGUAGAGACUGUUAUGCAUUUGUGUGUUAAGUACAAUCAAUUGGAUGCUCUAAAACUAUUGGUGGAUUCAUUGAGCAUUAAUGAGGACUCUCUUAUCAAUUCCCAAGAUCACGAUGGGGGCAAUACCAUCUUGCAUUUAGCUGUGAUGCUAAAGCAAACUGAGAUGGUAGAAUACUUACUUUCAGUACCAAAAGUGAAAGAAGGAUCAGAUAUACAGAAUCGAAUUGGCCUAACAGCCUUAGAAGUCUUAGAGCACUGUUCAAAAGACUUUAAAAGCUUUAACAUUCAAAAAAUGUUAAUGAAUGCUAGUGUUGAAAGAGCAAAGAACCAAAAUAUUCUCUCACCAACUGCUAUGUCGUCUCACCCUAAAUCUACAACACCAGCACGGUCAAGCAAGAAAAGGUUGGACAAAUUGUUAAGCUACUUAGGAUUUCAUGUUGAUAUGAUUGAUGAGACACGUGGUGCACUAAUGGUGGUGGCUACUGUAAUAACAUCUAUCACUUUCCAAUCUGGAGUUGGAGGCUCGCAAGCUCUGUAUGCAAGAACAAGGUGUAUACGAAAAUUCAUUUCUACAUGUGGAAUGCGCUAACAAGUUGGACAAGCAGGAUUUGGCUGACUCGUAUUAUCUAAGAUGGGAAACUACAAUUGCUACUAGCAACUGUGAAACGGCAGGAGGCAGAGAUGGUAUCAUAAUAUAUUAGCUACAAUCCAAGUUAAGAAUGUCUUUUGUUUCCUUCUUUGUUUUCGUUUCUUUUCGUUCCUUUCUGCAUCUUGUUUGAUUGAAAAUUCAAACUAAUAUAUUUACCUAUCAUUGUAAAAAGAGUGGUAAUUAAUGAAAUGACUAAUGGAUUUGGCUAGUUUA